UGAGUUUCACUGUGAAUGGCAACAAAUUCGCGUUGUUCAACAAAAGUAAUUUCUAGUUUUAACGCUUUUAACUAAUUUUCUACGACUAGAUUUAACUAAAAAGUAUUGAGCACAUGCCAGAUAUUUAGGGUAGAAAAAAAUUUUAUUGCAGACGCAGAGGAAAAUAGACCAAAGGCGGGAUAAAAGAAGAGCCAGCUAGCCUAAACUAUUAAACAAGAAAAUGGACAUGUCCCAGCCGCCACCACAAUUGCUAACAGCCCCGUCGGCGCUGGCCACCAAUUACACGUCUCAGCCACCGCCGUCGGGGGGCGGGCAGCACUAUAGGCACCACUACAACCACCCGCACCACGGCUCAGGAAAGCAUGGCUACAACCAGUUCAAACCCUUUAUGCCAGGAGGAUUUCAGCGGCCCUUUGGCAUGUCCCAGGACGACUUUGAUGGCAAGCGGCUAAGGAAAAGCGUGAUGCGAAAGACUGUCGACUACAACGCUUCCAUUAUCAAGGCUUUAGAGAAUCGACUGUGGCAGCGGGAUCACCGGGACCGUUUGGCUUUGCAACCCGAUAGCAUCUACGUGCCCCAUAUGCAGCCUCCAUCAAGCUAUCUGGACAACCCUUCGAAUGCUGUAACUACGAGAUUUGUAAAGACUGCAACAAAUAAAAUGCGAUGCCCCAUUUUCACCCUAGCUUGGACGCCUGAAGGUCGGCGGUUGGUCACAGGGGCAAGUUCCGGAGAGUUUACGCUUUGGAAUGGUCUGACCUUUAACUUUGAGACUAUUCUACAGGCCCACGAUAUCUCGGUACGAACGAUGGUGUGGUCCCACAAUGACAGCUGGAUGGUGACGGGCGAUCACGGCGGCUACGUCAAGUACUGGCAGUCCAACAUGAAUAACGUGAAGAUGUACCAGGCCCACAAGGAGGCGAUUAGGGGAAUAAGUUUCAGCCCCACGGACAGCAAGUUUGUCAGCGGAAGCGAUGACGGAACCCUGAGGAUUUGGGACUUUAUGCGCUGCCAGGAAGAGAGAGUCCUGCGAGGUCACGGAGCUGACGUCAAAUGUGUGCAUUGGCAUCCCCAGAAGGGAAUGAUCGUGAGCGGAAGUAAAGAUAACCAACAGCCCAUCAAGAUUUGGGAUCCAAAGAGUGGCAUCGCCUUGGCCACCCUGCAUGCCCACAAAUCUACUGUAAUGGACUUGAAGUGGAACGACAAUGGAAACUGGCUGGUCACUGCUUCCAGAGAUCAUUUGCUCAAACUGUUCGAUAUUCGUAAUCUUCGGGAGGAGGUACAAGUUUUCCGCGGCCAUAAAAAAGAAGCCAGUUCAGUAUCCUGGCAUCCCAUACACGAAGGAUUGUUCUGUUCUGGAGGCUCCGAUGGUUCCAUACUCUUUUGGAAUGUUGGGACGGAUAAGGAGAUUGGUUGUGUUGAAACGGCACAUGACAGCAUAGUAUGGACCUUAGCUUGGCAUCCGUUGGGUCAUAUUCUGUGCUCGGGCUCCAAUGACCAUACGAUCAAGUUCUGGACACGGAACCGUCCUGGAGAUUUGAUGAGAGACAAAUACAAUUUGAACACUUUGCCGGCUAGCUUGGCUGCUUUGGAUGAGUGUGAAUAUGAUGAUGCUGUCAUACCUGGAAUGGGUCCUGAGGACCGCGUAGAAUUCACCGAGAGUCUAACCGCUGACAAAGGCUUUAUUCCCGGUCUGGAUCUUGAUCCAAGCAGAUCACUCAGUGAUCGCGAUCGGGAGAAGAAGGUUCCAUACAGCAAGCCCAUUCCACGAAACUUUCAAGUGCAGUGGGCGGGUCCCCGGCGGGCAGAUGAUCCCAGCGUGCUCAGUAUUCACGAUGAGUUGGCUGCCCGGGAAGCCAAGGACUCUACGAGCGGCCUGAGCCAGCAACAGAUUAGCGAAAACACACUCGAAGGCAUUGUGGCCAGUGGCAUGUUAAACGGCCUCGAUCCCCAGACUAUAGUGGGAGUUUUUGUGUAUAAUCGGUUCAUUAGAGUACAUCCCAACUCCCGGCUCAUGGCCGCCAUUCGCCAAGGGCCCGACUUCCUUAACAAGUAUAUCGAUGCCGGCAAGCUGGAAGAACUAAACGAUGUGAUACCGCUGCAAGAUCGCUCAAGGUCCGUCUCGCCCACUGUGGAGGCGCGUGGAGAUGUGGUCUCCCCUCCCACCAAGAAAUCCCGCUUUGAACCCAGACAACACAAUACCCAGUUGGUGUCUGUAAGAGAACUGCUCCUUCUUAAGAAACCCUUCCUGCCAUCCUUGGUGACUGUGAAGGCGCAACAGCCCAAAACGGAGUUUGUAGAAGAGGCACCGCCGGAGCAAAUGGAAAGGGAACGAGAGGCAGAACGGGAGCGGCCUCGGGAAAGGGAAUGGGACCGGGAUCGAGACAACAGAGAGCAGGAGCGAGAGUGGGAUCCAUCCGGAGGCAGGCCCAAUCCAUGGGCAUCCAACGCACCAUGGUCAAACAAUGGAAACUCCAAUCCAAACCCGAAUGGCUUUGGAAAUAAUGGUCCUGAUAACUUUAAUGAUCGGGAUCGUGAUUUCCAAAGGGGUGGAAACAAUGGAGGCGGAGGUCAACGUCGGAGGCGUGGUAACAAUAAUUCCGGGCCUGUUGGUAAUGGCGGUGGAAACGUCGGAGGAAACGACGCACCGCCCGGUGUUGGCGGAAACGGAUAUGGAAGUGGAAGAAGUCGCGGCCGCAAUAACAACAACAGACGCUACUAAUGGCAAUCCCACCACAGAUCUACAUUCAUACAUUCUUCAGUUGUAAGCCACUCUCCGUCGUUGACUCAAUCUCCAUUUAGAAGUCUUGCUUUUUAAUUUUUACAUUUAUAUUGUUUUAAAAUGACCCAAAAACCAAAACCAAUUGUAAAAUAGUAAAGGGUCCGCCAGAUACUUGAACCCAAUUGUAAUUCAAAAAUGCUUUUUUUAACUAGAACUAUUUCAAAUUAAAAAUUGAAAAUGAAUGCACCCCCAUUGAGUAUCACUUUUGCCAAGUCAUUCUU